AUGACUACAUUACAUUUACGUGCUGAAACCAAGCCAUUGGAGGCUAGAGCUGCUUUAACACCAAGCACAGUCAAAUCCUUGAUCAAGAAAGGUUUCAAAAUCUACGUCGAAGAGUCACCGCAAUCGGUUUUUAACGUUGAUGAAUAUAGAAGAUGUGGUGCUACUAUAGUACCAUUUGGAUCCUGGAUCUCUGCUCCUCGUGAUAGAAUCAUCAUUGGGUUGAAGGAGAUGCCUGAAGAGGAUGUAUUCCCGUUAGUACAUGAUCAUAUUCAAUUUGCCCAUUGUUACAAGGACCAAGAAGGCUGGGAGAAAGUACUAAGGAGAUUUAUCAAUGGUCAAGGUACUUUGUAUGAUCUUGAGUUUUUAGAAGAUGACAAUGGUAAAAGAGUAGCUGCAUUUGGGUUUUAUGCUGGUUUUGCUGGUGCGGCUCUAGGGUUGAAAGAUUGGGCCUUCAAGAAGACUCAUGAUGAUUCAGAAGAUUUAGGUGCUCUCACACCAUAUCCAAAUGAAAAGGCAUUACUGAGAGAUAUUUCUCAUGAAUACAAGCAAGCUUUGAAGACAGGUGCCAAAGCUCCAAAAGUCUUGAUUAUCGGUGCAUUGGGUAGAUGUGGUUCAGGUGCAAUUGAUUUCUUGACCAAGAUUGGGAUACCACAGGAAAAUAUUAUCAAGUGGGAUAUGCAAGAAACUGCUAAAGGUGGUCCAUUCCAAGAAAUAGUCGAUACUGACAUUUUCGUCAAUUGCAUCUAUUUAUCCAAACCAAUCCCACCAUUUGUUAAUAUGAGCAUGCUAAAUCAAGACAGUAGACAUUUAACAACUGUUGUCGAUGUUUCUGCUGAUACAACUAAUCCAUAUAACCCAAUUCCAAUCUACAAUAUAGCUACUGUUUUCAACAAACCCACUGUGACGGUUCCUACUAAAAAAGGUCCAAAACUAUCAGUGAUCUCAAUCGAUCAUUUACCUUCUCUGAUGCCAAGAGAGGCUUCAGAAGCCUUCGCCAAAGAUCUGCUACCAUCUCUAGAGUUAUUACCAAAUAGACAUGUAGCCCCAGUAUGGACAAGGGCUUAUAGUCUGUUCAAUAGACAUUCAGCUCGUGCAUACAGAUCAUCUAAAUUGUAG